GCAGUAUGUAUUGGUAUUAUGUCAUUUAUGAUAGUAGAUGUAAUAUUAAAGAGACCAGAACACCUGAUAUCAGCUGUUGGUAUAAUACUUAUAAUAUUGAUAAUGUUUAUAACUUCGCAUGACCCAGCUGCUAUAAAAUGGAAAACUAUAUUCUCUGGGUUGUUGCUACAGUUUAUAUUUGCUUUAAUGAUACUACGAACGUCUUGGGGUUACGAAGCUUUUAAAUGGUUGGCAGCAAGAAUUACAGAUUAUCUUUCGUUUACCUAUGAAGGGGCGAAAUUCGUUUAUGGUGAAAACUUUGGUGAACAUUUUUUUGCGUUUGGUGUGAUGUCCAUAAUAAUAUUCUUCAGUGCGACCAUUUCUGUAUUGUAUUAUUUGGGUUGGAUGCAGAUUUUCAUAGAAAAGAUUGUGUGGAUUAUCAUGAAUGGCAUGGGAACUGGUGCCAUGGAAUCGUUGCAUGCUGCUGUCAACAUAUUUGUCGGGUGGGGAGAGGCUUUAAUGAUAGUGCAACCAUUACUUCACAAGAUGACAACAGCUGAAAUCCAUGCUGUGAUGACCAAUGGUUUCUCUACAGUCGCUGGCAGUACACUUGGGGUUUAUAUUUCUUAUGGUGCUCCAGCGAAUCAUCUUAUAUCAGCAUCAUUUCUGUCAGCUCCUGCAGCCCUGGUUAUUACUAAAUUAACCUUUCCCGAUAGAUUGGACGAUAGAAUUGAGAAGAAAAAGAUACCCAAAAUACCGCGUACAGGGGGUGGUAUUAUGGACGCAGCUUCCAGUGGUGCAGUAGCUGCCUUGAUGAUUAUAGGACACAUUAUUGUCAAUGUUAUAGCAUUAGUAUCAUUGCUGGAAUUCAUAAAUGCUGUAUUGUUGUGGUUUGGAGAGAGAAUUGGUCUGGGCCCACCAGACUACGCACCAUUAACGUUCCAGCUGCUCUGUUCCUAUGUUUUCUGGCCACUGGUUUACAUAUUGGGGGUUCCUGCAUCUGAUUGUAAAAUUGUUGCCCGAAUGGUCGGCGUAAAAGUGUUUGUAAAUGAAUUUAUAGCUUAUAAAGAUUUGGGUAAUGUGGUAAGGAACAGAUUGGCCCUACAGAACUAUAAUGAAACCAGAAUCAGCAAACGUUCUGAAAUGAUAGCAACCUAUGCUAUUUGUGGGUUCUCUGAUUUUGUAGCUCUGGGUAUAAUGGUAGCAGCAUUAACCUCUAUAGACCCGUCCAGAAAAAACGAAAUACUCAAAUGCGGGCCAAGGGCUUUAGUAUCUGGUAUUAUGGCUUGUUUUAUGACAGCUUGCAUGGCGGGUAAGACAUUUAUAAAAGUGAUGUGGACAAGAUGUGUUACUUUUGUCUCUUUUUUCUCCAAACAUAUGCUUAAAUCAACGCCAUAA